CGUGACCUUUCACCUCAUGAUGCAGGCGGAAGUAGAAACCACUCACUACCAUUGGGAACACGGUUAGCCACCGCUGGAAGAAUGGAUACGCUAAUUUUGGAGCCUUCGCUGUACACAGUGAAAGCUGUCUUAAUUAUGGACAACGAUGGAGAAAGACUCUAUGCCAAGUAUUACGAUGACACGUACCCUACAGUUAAAGAGCAGAAAGCUUUCGAGAAGAACAUCUUCAACAAGACACACCGAACAGACAGUGAAAUCGCCUUGCUCGAAGGCCUUACUGUCGUUUACAAGAGCAACAUAGAUCUGUAUUUCUAUGUUAUCGGCAGCUCGCAUGAAAAUGAGUUAAUGCUUAUGUCCGUGUUGAACUGUCUGUUUGACUCUCUCAGUCAAAUGCUGAGGAAAAAUGUGGAGAAGAGAGCCUUACUUGAAAACAUGGAGGGCCUUUUCUUAGCCGUCGAUGAGAUUGUAGACGGAGGUGUUAUCCUGGAGAGUGACCCCCAGCAGGUUGUACACCGAGUGGCCCUGAGGGGUGAUGACGUGCCUCUGACAGAACAAACGGUCACUCAGGUGUUGCAGUCAGCCAAAGAGCAGAUCAAAUGGUCUCUUCUACGAUAGGUCUCACCUGUUCUUCUCUUCCACCAAGACAAUGGUGCAUUCAUUAUCACUCCUCCCAUCACUGUUGCCUUUCCCAUUUUCUUUUUUUCUUCUUCUGUUCCUUAUGUUUUUCUAUGCUGUGAAAUUGUAGGCUCUCUAAAGGGGAAAAAAACAUUACAUACACUCAGUGUACACCUCGAGAAGACUGAACAACAAAUGGAGUCCUCAAGUUUUAAUGCAAACUCUGCUUCUGUAAAGUGAUGCAGACACAGCAUGAAGUCACGGUUUCAUUUCAUACAAAGAGCGAGUGAGGACCUGCAUUCCUGUUCUUAGCAGAGACUUUCUAAUUAUUCCAUCCCAAGCGGUUUUCAGUGUGUGUCUGUGAGAGGAAAUAUCACAAGGCUGUGUAAAAGACAAAUGUGAUUCAAGUACAUUCCAGUGAUUGAGCCUUCCUGCUGUUUUCCAUGUUAUGAUUUAAAUAAAUAUGACUGUUUGGCCAU